AUGGGGAACAGUAAGUUUCCUAUAUUGCCCUUUGCUAUCCUUCGAAUUUACGGAGUGUGCCCUCCCCCAGAUGCUGAUCUCACCCCUUUUUGCCACGCUCCUCUUUUCUCUUUCCUCGGAUUCCUUCCCAUCUCGCUGCUGUUCUUUUUCGGAUUUCUUAACCCUUUCCCCUCUCCUCUUCUCUUCCAUGUCAUUAUUUCUGGUUUCUUCGCCUUCCUUCUCUUCGAUCAGAUUGGAACAUCUCCUCAUUUCCUCUCCCAUGGCUUUCUCACUGAUAAUUUGGCUGCUAGGGUUUUUGAAGAAUCUUCUACUGUGGCUAGGGUUCUUCUCAAAGUCAGGCUCAAUAAUGGAUAUACAUCGUUGCUUUUCGGGAAAUCUAGGGUUUCUUCCAAUGAUUCUCAGUUCCUCGCCGACAACGGGGAAGGGGAGGGAAUGGAAGCGCAGAGUUUUCUGGAAUUUUUGACGGUUGAGAGAGUUAAAGUGGUGAUGACGGUGAUGUUAACUCUCGCUCUCUGUAAUGCUGAUCGUGUUGUUACUUCUGUCGCCAUUGUCCAUCUUUCUCAAUCGCAUGGUUGGAGCCGAGCAUUUGCUGGUGUUUUUCAGAGGGUACAAACAGAGUCUACAAUACAACGAUUCUCGAUCACAAGAAGUCGUUGAAUCGGUUGGUCGUUGAUGAAGCCAUCAAUGAUGACACAUUGAUAAUGCAAUUGCAAUUGUUGCUAUGCUCCUGGUACAACGGAAAAGUUUCAGACAAUACUUUUCUAAUCAAGGCCAGUAAAAAGAAAAGUUGAAUUUAUGAACAAAUUGAACACCUAAGAGAUAAGAGGGAGUUUUACAUAAUGACUGGCAUCCACCAAGAAAUAAGAAGCAUUCCGUAUUGUAAAGAACCAAUUCAAAGACAUGAUACAGAGUCCAAAAUAACUUUCAUGGAAAAACCAUCCAAGGUACCUAAAAUGUGAAGGACUAAGUUAGUUAGAUAACUCGAAAUAGAAAGUAAAACAGAAAGCAAGACAUUAUUUUAGUUAAGUUCUUGAAUAAAACAGAAAGCAACUUCCUGUUGAGUGCAUGAGUAUGACUAGGUCUUUUUUUCUGUUGGAGUUGUCCGCUGUCUUAAGGCUCCAGUGGUGCAUUCACGUGUAUUCCUGAUGGGAAUUGUUUAGUGACUUGUGACUAUACAUUUGCAAUUUUUUUUGGUGUGAGUGAAGUAGGUAAAGCGGUUAAAUGAGUAACAACAGAGAUGAACAAAACUUUAUGUUAUUUCAAUAUAAUUCUUAUUACACGUGGGAACAAUUUUCAGUUUAGAGUUACUUGUCCCUAUAAAUUAAGUUGCAUUCUACUUUUGUGUCAAUCAUUGUUAACUUUAAUCUUUAAUUUCUAUCACCAUGUCCAUGUUUGUAGUAAAAUUCAUUUACUGGGUAUAUUUUUGGGGGGUAAAUAAGCAAAUUUAAGUUUAAUAAAUUUCCCUCUUAAGUCAGUAUUGGCUUAUUA